AUGUCCAUCACAUGAUAAUAUCUCAUCAGCUGCCGACAAGAUCACAAAACUUGUGCCUCAAAAUUCAUGGGCGUUUUUGAUUGACCGUUUCACCUCCCGAGCCGAACCGCCGAACGCAAAAUGGGCAACUGCUGCGACAGUUGUUGCGGCGACGACGCCAACUCCCAGUCGGGCGAGGUGACGGAGCGCAGCCGCCUGCUCGAGGACCCGGUCAGCAACAACACCAACAUCCUCAGGGUGCAGAGUGACGACUUCCUCUCCCGCUACCCCAACUCCAUGCCAAAGACCUCUGAUGAGCAGUCGGCUCUGAACAGGAUUCUGCAGGAAACAGCCUCAAACGUGAUCGACGUCGCGGCGCUGGACUCGCACACGCUGGAGCAGCACGAGUACCGGGAACGCGUGACGCACUACACGCAGCGGCUCAACGGCAUUGCCGUGAUGCAGCGGUGGCGCUCGCCACCCACCAAGGUCUGCCUGCUCGCCGACCUGCCCGCCCCCGAAAAGCUGCUCUCCACGGAAACGGUGCUGCCGACUGAUCUGCAAACGAUGAACUACUUUAUGGAAGCGGCGAGCGAGGCGAUGUCCAACAUCAAGGUGGAGCACAAGGAGGAUCUGGUGGUGCCGUUCCGCAUUCCGUGAGCCUGUGAUACAAGGACGCUCGUGCCCCUCGAGUGAAUCAAACAAACGAAUGGAAGAAAGA